AGCAAUGCCGACGGUAUACGUUAUGUGUUCUGACAUGUUAUAUUGUAAAUACUAAUACGAUACGUCUAAGAGACACCGCAGGUGAUUAUUGAUUACUCUCGUUGCUACGAGUAGCACGUGAGCCAAGAGAGUCGGUCAGCGGACUCAGUCUCAGUUCCUAGCAGACGAUCCUGUGGGUGUAACUGGCAUGUGUGUAGCCUAGUGGAGAAUCACUUACCUGGUACCAGUGUUCUUAUAGAAACUCUAAUUUUCCGGACUUUGGAUAACUGCCUCCCCUGUCGAACUGUGGCCUGAUACUCCGCUGAAGUUGCGUCAAGAUGAGUGAAGACACGAAAAGUCCGGAGGAGGUUCUCAAGGAAUACCUUGAACCUUGCAAGGAUGUGGAACCGCCUCCGAAGGUCACCCUCGAGGAAUUCGUUGAAAAGAGCGACGCCUUCUCCGUUCCUUUCCCAGUACAGACGGCUAGGGUCAAGACCCUCAUAAAGAACGGCAUCGACAAAGAAACCUUGGAGGAUAAGAUCAAUUCUUCCUAUCCCUUGAUCCAUGAGAGGCUGUUGCCUCUCAUCGCCAUGUUUAUCCACAAGAAGCAGCAAUUUGGAAGGAAAAAAGAAAAGGAGCUGUAUUCAUCUAUGACCCUGGUGGAAUUCGUGAACAGAUUACUGAAGAGAAGACCAAUUGUGUUCUUCAAUCCAAGUGAUGUUUAUCUACUUCAAGAUGGUACUGAAGGCAGUGAAGGCUUUGAAAAUAUUGGACAUUCUCAUGAAUCUCCUAAAUUAAGUAUUACUGAAUACAUGAGCUAUGAUGAAAUAAAAAUAUCUGCUCUUGUAUGUGUUUCCUCAAAGUCUUUUUUCAUAAAUGAUGGAAGUCGUCAUAAUAGAGGUGUUCCAGGGCCUGCUGGUAGUUUCCAGCAAGAGGGUGUUAUUGUUGGCAUGGUUGGUGCUAGAUUUGAAAGAGCAGGUGUAAUGGAAUACCAAGAUUGUGCAAUUACUCCAGAGCAGAAUACUAAUGACCGGGGUUAUGGUAAUGACCCUCCAGAAAAACGUUGGUUAGUCAAAGAGUGGGGUAAGCUUUGGAACAACAGUACAUUACCAACCUGGGAAGAAGCUGAAGGUGAUGAUUUUCUAACAGUUGUCUCCAGAGUGAAGCUCAAUACCAAAGUUUAUAAAGCUAGAAUUCAAAUGUCUGCACAACUUCUGUUAAUAGAAGCAAGUUCUCGUGCUGCUGCUGCUGGUCUAAAGGCUUAUGUCCAUGUGGUAGGACUUGGUCUUGGAGUUUGGCAAGUGUGCCAUCAACAGAAUGAUCUCUUUGUUGAGGCAUGGGGAGAUGCUCUUGCUUCUGUUGAUACAACACACAUUGGAUAUGUAGAUUUUAGCUGGAUAAAGGCAACAAGCUGUCAUGGUGCUACUGAAGGGGAAAAAUUUCCAAAUACUGAAGUCAUUCUUCAUUUCUCCCAGAGAGCAUUACACGCACCAGUACCUGAAGGAACACUGCUAGUUGACAGCUAUGCUUGGGAUGGUAACUCUCUACCAGGAAAUGAGUACUGGAAGGGUAUGCUAUCAGCAUCAGGAGAUCCUGCAGCAGCCUGUUCUUCCCAGAUUGCAGAACUACAUAAUUCACUUAUUAGUCCACUAGUAACAGCUGAAAAUUUACAUAUUGCCUCAAGCCACGGUGUAGAACAUAUAGCUCAGUAUGCAAAACGUUUUCUUGAAAGGUAAUUUUCCUAAUGAUGCAAGUUUUUCAAAAAUACAGAACUGUUUUCUGUAAAUCUUGGCAUUAUACAGUACAGGUUCUUGAUUUGUUACUGUUUUAAUAAACAAAUCACCCCAUAAUGCCAGCAGUGACUUACAUAGUGCUUUUUUCACUACUGUUCUUGUGCUGUUUUCACGGUUCUUGUGAGACCUCAUCUCCUAUACUCUUUCUUAUUUAUUUGUGAGCUCAUCUUGUAAAUAUGAAAAAUACCUAAAACAUUUCUGACAUGUUCCUAAUUUCAUUAUCAUUACAAUAUGAUUGCUAUGUGUAUAACUUAUAAAACAAAACCUUUUAAAAUAAAAUUAAAAUUUUAGGUUUUCAAGUUAUGAGGACAUUAACUACAUAGUAUUUUAUAGUAACUUUCUGGGUAGAAACUAUAAAAAGGUAAUGAGGUUUGGUGUACAACUUUAAUACUAAUAAGGUACCUGUCAGAAUGACCUCAAACUCUGUGAACUUUGACGCUCAACGAUCUGAGAGAUUAUUGUAAAUGUUAUCAUUUCCUCUUCACAAUAAAGAACGAUUAUCUAAUAACAGUAUUCAGACUUACCAUAAUGCAUGACUAACAAUACCAAUACAGUAAUGUAUAUCUCAAAAGUAUGUAUAUUUCAUUCUUUCACUUUGUAUUCUAAACUAAAAAAUAAAAGUAAAAACUUAC